AUGCUUGAAGUUUCAUCAACCGAUAUUAUCUUCGAAUUAAAAAAUGACGUUUAUGUUCCUUACAACAUAAGUUUAAAAAAUGUCACAUCACUAUACUUAGCAUAUAAAGUUUAAGAAAACCAUAUUUAAUAGAUUAAAUCCACUAAACCAGAUCUAUUUUCGGUCAAACAAAGUCGAGGAUUAAUUUCACCUCUCCAAUCUGAAAAUGUUGAAUUCAGCAUAACCGAUAGAGCUAAAGUAAAUUUUAAAUAAGAAUAUAGGAAGAAUUUAGAUCCAAAGCAUAUCGUCAAUUAAAAAUUUUUGAUUUAUGCUAUUAGUGUUCAAGAGAGGAAAUCAGUAAAUUCAAUUAUAUUGUUAGAUUGCUGAAAUUGAGAAUCUCUUUCAAUCCUAAUCGUGUUUUAAUAUUAAAUUAUUUACAGGAGUAUUAAAAGAAGAAUUUGGCAAAAAAAUACCAAUCUUUGGUAAUAACUUAGCUUCUAGCCAUACAUCAGUUCUUGUAAAUAAAAUGUUAAGCAUUUUUCAUAGACAAACAGUAGAACAGAACUAUAGCCUUCUUAUUAGUCGAUGAUCUAACCUAUUCCAUUAAAUAAUUAGGUGUAAUGCGUUCAAAGACUCAAGCAAAUUGAAUUGGAUCUAGUAUAUUUAAUUCUUUAUAAUAAAGGCAGAAGAAAAAAGAAAGAGAGAAUAGAUAUAUAAUACAAUUGAAAUCUCAAAAUUAAAGAAAGGUUUGAUUUUAUUAAUAAUAAUUAGGAUCCUCGUUAUUCAAAUACAUUUUACCAAUAAUCCUAGGGAUUUUGUUAUCAAAUAUUUACUAAUUGAGCCUUAAAUAGUAUGAAUGA